UCAUAUCUGUGAUGUUUUCGCCCUCCCCUUCUGGCAGUCACAUGGCCCGUCUCUGCUCUCCCGUGACACUUUUGAACAAAUAACAGGGUGAACGAGGCGUGCCAUGGCUCUGGUGUUGUCAUUGGGCAGCAGCAGCACGUCUCCUCCAGCAUCCAGCUCUCCGUCAGCCGCGUCCACCGGCCCGCAGCGGUCACCGCCACUGUCCGCCGCGCAUCUGGCCCGGGACAGCCUCCUCCACACACGGCGGGGAGACACGCACCCACAGCCGGCCUCAGAGGACCCGCAGAGAGAGGAGUUUUAAAGCAGGAAGUGGGGGAGACACAGCGGGGAGACUCGGCGAGACUAAUCUGAAGCUCUUCCCACCGACCAUGUCCAACGAACGUACCCCUCUGAUCACCUCGGGGGUGUGUGGUCUGGCUGUGACCGCGGUGACAUGCGGCGCAGCAUCAGACUCCACCCCUGAGUCGAACUCCGAGACGCCGAGUCGAGGCCCCCGAAAGCUGAACACCUUUUUCGGGGUGAUGGUUCCGACCGUCCUGUCCAUGUUCAGCAUUGUGUUGUUUCUGAGAACAGGGUUUGUGGUUGGUCACGCUGGGCUGCUGCAGGGUCUCUUAAUGGUGGUUGUAGCUUACACCAUCAUAUCUCUUACAAUACUGUCCAUCUGCGCCAUUUCCACCAACGGUGCGAUUCAGGGAGGUGGAGCCUACUACAUGAUCAGCCGCUCUUUGGGGCCUGAGUUUGGAGGAAGCAUUGGUUUGAUGUUCUUCCUGGCCAAAGUGUUUGCAUGUGGAGAGUAUGUUCUGGGUCUAGUGGAAGCCAUACUUGAUGUAUUUGGUGCAGAUCCUGACUCGGCUGUGUCCGAGGGGGUGCGGGUUCUCCCUCAGGGUUACUGGUACACAGUGCUGUACUCGUCAGUAGUCCUUCUGCUGUGUCUGCUCGUCUGUCUGGUUGGUGCCCACAUCUACUCCCGUACCGCCUUCGUCAUCCUGCUGGUGGUCACCGUAUCGCUGCUGUCCAUCUUCAUCAGCUCUGUCGCGGUCAAACCUCUUGACUUCGUCAUCACCCACAAGGGAUCUGGCAACCAGACCCUCCGCUACAACGCCAGCUACACAGGUUUUAAUGCCACCACGCUGAGGAACAACCUGUACUCUGCCUACUCUUUGGACUACAGCACCAACUCUGUCAUGUCUUUCUCCACCGUGUUUGCUGUCAUGUUCACCAGCUGCACUGGGAUCAUGGCCGGAGCCAACAUGUCAGGAGAUCUGAAGACUCCAAGCGUCUCCAUCCCUAAAGGCACCAUCGUAGCCGUCUUGUACACCUUUACAGUCUACGUCCUCCUCUUCAUCUUGGCCAGCGCCACCUGUGACAGGACCUUGUUGAUUCAGGAUUACGGAUUCUUCCAGCGAAUCAACCUUUGGCCACCGUUCGUCACUGUGGGGAUAUACUGCGCCUCUCUGUCAGCGGCGAUGUGCGCUAUGAUCGGAGCUUCCCGCAUCCUCCACGCUCUUGCUCUGGAUCAACUCUUUGGUUUGCCAUUAGCUCCAGCUGCCGUCACAUCAAGCUCAGGGAAUCCGUGGGUGGCCGUGCUGUACACCUGGGGCCUGGCACAAUGUGUAGUGUUUGCAGGGCAGCUCAAUGCUGUAGCUAGUCUGGUGACUGUGUUCUACCUGCUUGCCUACGCUGCUGUUGACUUGGCCUGUUUGGCUCUUGAGUGGGCGUCAGCACCAAAUUUCAGACCGACCUUCCAGCUCUUCUCCUGGCACACCUGCCUGCUGGGGAUCCUGAGCUGCCUGGUCAUGAUGUUCGUCAUUAACCCCGUGUACUCCUCAGGCAGCAUCGUCCUCCUGUUACUGCUGCUGCUCUUCCUCCACUACAGAUCGCCCACCAGCAGCUGGGGCUACAUAAGCCAGGCUCUCAUUUUCCACCAGGUUCGCAAGUAUCUGUUGAUGCUGGACGUGAGGAAAGACCACGUGAAGUUCUGGAGGCCGCAGGUGCUGCUAAUGGUGGCAAACCCUCGCUCCUCCUGUCAGCUCAUCCUGUUCGUCAACCAGCUGAAGAAGGGAGGACUGUAUGUGUUGGGUCACGUGCAGCUGGGAGAUCUGGACUCUCUGCCAUCAGACCCAGUCCAGCAGCAGUACAACUUCUGGCUGAGCCUAGUUGAUAAACUGGGGGUGAAGGCCUUUGUAGACCUGACGCUCUCUCCCUCGGUCAGACAGGGAACACAGCAUCUGCUGCGUAUCACAGGUCUUGGUGGCAUGAAACCCAACACACUAGUUUUGGGCUUCUAUGACAGCUGCACUCCAGAGGACUUCUUCCUACAAGACACUGCCUUCUGUGGCUCCUCAGUGGGACGAGGCAGCGAGGGUGACUAUAACUUUGGGGUUGACCUGCCUUCAUUGCAGGCCCAUUUCCCCCCUGUACGACAUGUUGAGAGCCCACGUUGGCUCACUCCAGAGGAGUAUGUUGGAAUCAUUUCUGACGCCAUUAAAAUGAACAAGAACGUGUGCCUUGGCAGAUAUUUCUUCCAGUUAGAAGGCGAAGACAAAGACAGUAAGGUGGACGGCUCAGAGCGGACUAUAGACGUGUGGCCUCUCAACCUGCUGCAGCCAGGCAGCCGUGACUACGAGGACGUGUGCAGCCUCUUCCUGCUGCAGAUGGCCUGUGUGCUCAACAUGUCCAGUAAAUGGCGACAUGCGAGAAUGAGAAUCUUUCUGAAUGUGGAGACGCAGUCCAACGACCAGGGAUGGGUGGUGAAUGAGGAGACGUUUCGAGAGCUGCUGAAGCAGCUGAGGAUCAGGGCGUCCAUAAAGAUCGUGCCGUGGGACUCUGUGGUGCAGCACCACUCUCAGCCGGGUGGAGACGACUCAGCAGGGACAACACAAGCUCUGUCUGAGGACUUUUUGACUGCAGUGAACUGCAUGUUGAUGGAGCACAGCUCACAAGCUGCUGUCCGCUUCCUGUAUUUACCUCGUCCUCCUGCUCAUCACAGCCAGUCUCAACACUACUUAGCUCAGCUGGAAGCAGUGACCAGCGGUUUAGGACCAACGCUGCUGAUUCAUGGUGUCACCCCAGUCACAUACACUGACCUCUGAGCAUGACUAGUCAUAAGUUUACUUAAAUGUAAGUAGAAACAAAUGAACACGUAGUUAUAUAAAGAGUGAAUGCUAAGGUACAGUAUUUACUACUGCAGUCUUUUUGUUAUUUUAUUGAACCUUAGAAAAAAAACCCACAGUCGAGUGCCACUUGAAGCAUUUGCAUUUGAAUAGGAUAUCCUCCUAUUUUUAUAUACUUGAACUGACGUUGGGAUUGAGUCAGAGCGAAUAUCAGUGUUUGUGGUCAUGAUUUAUGUUGAUAUAACCUCCUGUUUGCUUUGGCUUUAGCUCUGCCUUUCACAGAAAUACACAGACAGAUUAAAAAAAAAGGUCAAAAACUCUUCCGAACUAAACCACGGUUUAUUUUGAACAAUAUAGGUCAUCAAGGACAUCAAAUAUAAAAAUGUCUUUAUAUCAUUUCAGGCUUGACUAAUGUGGAAUUUGUGGUUUCCUUGAUUUAAAAAAUCUAAAAAUGUCCAAAAGUAGUUUUUACUGGUUCAGGUUCUAAGGGGAGUUGUACUGAUGCAGAAUAAUUUGUAGUUUUGCGACUCGCUUUUUCUUUCAUUCUCACAUUUAAGCUGGUUUCCGGACCAAGUGAUCCAAAGACUUUUUGUUCUGACCUGAAUUGAAUUUGGAUUUUUCUUUUCAGUGCACUUAUCCAAAUGUCUUUUCUUUUUGCUGUUAAAAAGUGUCUUUACAAAGGGAAGUAUUUUAUACAUUUGACCUCAGAAUGAUGAACAGCAUUUAUUACUAUUUCUGUUAAAUACUUUGGAUUUUUGUGUUUCACUGUGCAGAAUGCUAAAAUAUACCUAAAAGGGUUAUAUUGAUGGCUACUUUGGAUGUACUUAAAAUAAUAACGAACACUAUAGUCCACUCUCAGUCAGAACUGUGUUUCAAACCAGGCCAAGACUGACACCUGAUCAAGUUUUGUCACAUUUCUACACAGUAAUCCACCAUAGUUGCAAGCUAUGUAUUGGAAUGCCAUUGUACUCCUAUUGUGUUUUGUCUGCUGUUUCCAAAAAAGCAUCUUGCACAACUUGUCUUUGUUAAUGCUCAAAAGAGGACACUUUAAAGCAGCGCUUCCCAACCUUUUCUGUCUGAUGUAACCCUACAGUCCUUUCCAAUGACUUAAGAACUAAUUAAUCAGUACCUCUCAUAUUGAGAUGUGUUCAUAAACUUGUUAUAAAUUCAAUCUUAUUUUACAGUUAACUAGAUAAAUGUGGAUGUUGAAUAUUUUUCAUGCAGUUGAACAUUCAGUGUUUAGGUCAGCUUGGAUGGAAGUAUCUAGUCAUUCAUUUAAGCUAUAUAUUGUCAACAUCUGUUCAUUAUUUUCAGCUUUCUGUAGUUUUAACUGUUAAUCCACACCGUUAGCUCACAAUUUCAAUAGCUUGUCAUAUUAUCAGUUAAUAUUUCUGUUUAUUCCCAUUUUAGUCAGCUGUUUCAACUUAUUUGUCUACUAUGUUUACCCAACAGCUUCACUCAUUUAUCCUUACUGUUAGCUAAAAAAAAAAGACUUGCUUAUCCACACUUUUAGCUUUUAAAAAAAUCCAACUGUUUAGUCAUACUUUUAGCUAGCUGUUCUGACAGUUGCAACUAGGGUUGCCACCUUUCAGAAAUGAAAAUAAAGGACGCCCACCACGGCUCCUUGGGGCCAUAGUUCAGUAAAAUCGGAAAGAUAUUCACAGAUUCAGAAUUCCACCAUCCAUAACUCAUUAUAAACGAUGCCUCUUUUCCAUCGCUGUAAGGUAGACAAUGUGCUACAAGCCUAGUUUUAUCAACAGUAGCUGUCUUUCAAGCUGCAGAAAUAACAUUGGUGUCAAUGGGAGCCAGUUGAAGGCUGCAGUGAUUUUGAUGACACUACAGUGUAUCAGACAGAAGCUAUUGAAUAUUUGUCUCUCUUUGCUGUUGCAGCAGUUUUGCAAUUUGCAGACGGUCCCUGUUCACUCCAUAGACAUCAAUGGUAUUUGUACAACAGAUACUUUGGGGGGGUUGUCUGAAAAAAUGAAAGCUGCUACCGACCUCUCGCUUUUACAAAGUAUUUUUCAUGGGGUUUUUUUUGGCUCUUUAACCCAAUAGGAAAGCUGUAUAUGACCUUUUCAUUUUGGACUGUUAACAUUCAAAUUAUGAUGGACUUGUUCCCUUGUUUAUGUGAAUUACAACAUCAUUAGCUGCAACAUCUGCCUGUUCUGUAAAACUGGUAGCUCAACGACAGCAUCCUGAGGGCAAUUAAGUGACAAAUAUUGUGCAAGAACAGCACUAUUACAACCCUGUCAAUUUCCACUUGUUAGAAUGUUUACUGCCAAUUAUCACACAUAAAACAAGAAAUAAUAUUCUGUACUAAUGCUUCUGUACUACCCAAUACACAGUGAAUAAAUAUUAUCUGAAAGUCGGGUUAUUGUUGUUUAUCAGCACAAUACAAAAAGAUUCAUGUUAGACAUAUUCCAGUUAAGACUCUAGAAUAUGAUGAUUUAUGUAAAUUUACCUCAAUAAUAUGAAUGUUCAGGUUAAGACUGUACAGUGAUAUUUAUUAUGUAAGUUUAGCUGAUUAAAAUUUAUGACUCUGCACUACAAUAUUAUUUAUUAUUUAAAUUGACAUCAUUAUUAUAAUAUUUAGGGUCAGACCCUACAGUAUUGAGAUUAAGAAAUCAAAUAUUCUAUAAAAUGUAAAUACACUGAACUCAUUUGGAUAUAUUUAAGUGAGACUCUACAAUAUUAUUUGACACAAAUCUAUCUAAAUCAAAAUUUUAAUAAUUUUCACACCAAACAUUUACUGGACUGAUUUAAAUAUUAAAAUCACUCCUUUCCAAUCCUCUGCUGUACGUUCAAACCUGAGGCCUUAAAUAGAAACACACAAGUAUCUGAUUGAAGGAACUUCUGCAGAGUCCUGGUUCCAGAACAUGAUGAUAGAAUUAUGGACAAACUUUAACAAAAGCUGCCUGAGAGUUUACAGGUUUUUAUGCUGGAUUUCUUCAGUAAUUUAAUGAGAGUUAUCAGCAAAAAUCAAGUGUUCAUUUGACGAACUUCAUUUCCUAAAACAUACAGAAUUGGAGCUCAUAUCUUUGGCAGCUGUAAAGUUUCUGCUCCUUCAAAGUUGACAACACAAUGAAUGAAUUCCUAAAACACUCUCAAUGCUGGAGAGCGUUUGUGAUGCUGAAGCAGUGACCAGUUUUUCUGUUUCUUCUCUGGAGAUGCACAAUGAGGGACGUCUGCAGAGACUGAGAAAGAGUCUCACCACAUCCUGACAUGAGGAAAAAGACUUUAUUGAAGACUACAAUGAGAAAAACUAUCAGACAGCAGACGGCUGCAUUCAAGGUGAGCUCUGAACAUUUGAUCUGGAACAGGAAUUCAAUAACGGCAGCAUGAGCUUCAUUUCAGUCUGUAGCUGCUGAAUUCAUGGAUGAAUCAUCUGGCACUAGAGAAGAAGACCAUCAAACAUCCACGUCAGCUGAUGGAGGUCCAAGAGUCUCACCAAACAAACAACCUACAGAGUGAAGACCUCGAAUCUGAUUGGACGGCCUCCUAUUCAGCCACAUUUUAGGCUGUUAGAUUGUUCCAGAUAAGACAAGUACAAGAUUCUUCAGAGCCGUUCUACCACGAGCCUGACAGGAAGAACUCCAACAGCUACUGAAUGUUCCUGUGGUUCCCUCAAGGCUACAGGAGGAGCCCUACGAGGACGAGCCGGUCCACCUGAUGGCGGCCAGUCGCUGCAGUUCAAAGCCAACACUGACUACGUGGACUUCUACUGGACCACAUGGAGGCCUUCAAACUAGACCAACAAGUUCAGCGACUCCCCGACUCGUUGAUCUGAGGAUGCCGCCGAGCCUCGGUCCAGCCGGCCUCCUGUCUGUGGGUGUUUGAGUGCUGAGAGGUUUGUGGAUGCAUGUGAACGUUCUGUGUUGAAACAGCAGCUUUGGACUCAGUAACGCCAGGAAAAACCAAGAGCUCCCUUAUUUGUGACUUCCACUAAAAAACUGAUGAAAAUAAGUUUACUCCAGUGUUCUGUGUCGAAACACCCCCCAGCCCGCAGCAUAUUGAACUGGUCCAUCAGUCACGUGACCAGAAGAGCCGCGAGUUGUGUGUGUUUACCCUGUUAGCAACAACACGGCACUGCGUGAGCAGGUGAAUUUGAAAAAACGGAGAAAUGGAGAAAUGGCCAACAAAAAGAAGCGUUGUAUGGACAUAUUUUUCGCCAGCUGAUAAAACUUCAGCCAGGUGUGAAUUGUGUCACAAGAGAGUUCAACACAGCAGCAACACGAGCAAUCUGUUCAAACACCUGAAGUGUGUGCAUCCAGAGGCUCAUGCCGAAGCUGAGAAAAGGCAAGAAGAAGCGGAGCAGAAUGCGGCAUCUGCAGCCACCAGGCAAACAACUUUGAAAGAAAGUUUUAAAAAAGGCAAAGUCUAUCCAGUCCUUUUCAGAUGACUCACAUAGAGCCCAGGAGAUCACCAGGAGCCUUGCUCAGAUGAUUGCGAAAGACUUGCAACCCAUUUCAAUUGUUGAGGAUCCAGGUUUCUGUCAUUUUAUGAAGAUGGUGGAUCCCCAGUACCAGAUCCCAAGUAGGAAAUCACUGAUGACAGGUGUACUUCCAAAACUAUAUGCACAAGUACGAGAAACAUUGAAAGACUCCAUACAGUCAGCGAGCUGUCUGGCUUUAACAUGUGAUAUGUGGACUGCAAGAACAACUGAAUCUUAUUUGACUGUGAAAGGACACUUUAUUGACAAGGACUGGCAGAUGCAGUCCUGCAAUCUUGCAGCAAUCCAUGUAGCUGUACAGCACACAGCAGACAACAUUUCUGAGCUCCUCGUGACAAUCACUGAUGACUGGGACAUUACUAGUAAAGUUCAAACUGUUGUGACAGACAGUGGGGCUAAUAUGGUGUCUGCUGUGCGGAAAACUUACUGGAAGCACAUUCCAUGUUUUGCACACACACUCAACCUCAUUGUAAAGGACUCCAUAAAGGCAGACACAAGUCUUGAGUCCAUCUUGGAGAAAUGUGGUGCUAUUGUUCGGUUCUUCCACCACAGCACCAAAGCAACUGACAAAUUGAAAGAGGUACAAAGUCAGUUACAGUUGCCACAGCACAGACUAAUGCAAGCAGUGGAUACACGGUGGAAUUCUGUGCUGUACAUGCUGGAGAGACUGUAUGAACAGCAACAAGCCAUCACAACUGCACUUUGUCUACUUGGAAGAAACAGCUUGUGCCUGAAUGGGGAAGAGUGGUCCCACAUUACCCAGGCCAUUGAAGCACUAAGACCUUUUGAAGAGGCCACUAAGGAGGUUUCAGCAGAGCAGUAUGUGACUAUUUCCAAAGUCAUCCCACUGGUCUGUCUUCUUCAACGUUCUGCAGGGCAGAAGGAUAACACUCUGGCUUCACAACUUGCAGCACAAUGCCAGCGGCACUUUCAAAACAUUGAACACAACCACACUAUUGCAGCAAGCACCUUUUUGGACAUCAGGUUCAAAAACAUUGCCUUCUGUGACAUCAGAAAUGUGGAAACAAUUAAAUCAAGAAUCAUAAGUAAUAUGCAAGGCAUGGGCUGCAGUGAGAGAGAGAUGUCCAGCAGUGAAGCCUCAACAUCAGCAGAGUGUUCAGCUUCCCAGGGAGGAUUGUGGCAGGAGUUUGACACUCGGUUUUUGGCUUCUCAGAGCAAUCGCACAGCAAACACAGAUACAUACAUUCAAAUGCGCAGAUACAUGGAAGAAAAAGUGAUCCCAAGGAAUGAGGACCCUUUGCUUUGGUGGAAAAAAAAUGAGAGAGCAUUUCCACAACUGAGCAAAGUGGCAAAGAGAUACCUCGGAACUGUUGCUACAUCUGUUCCAGCAGAGAGGCUGUUUUCUAAGGCAGGAGAGACAGUUAGCCAGAAGCGCAAUUGCCUGAAACCUGAGAAUGUUAAUAUGUUGCUGUUCAUAAACACCAAUCUGAAGCUGUAAAGACAGUGUGCACUUUUUUGUUUGUUUUUUUUACAAUUUUAUUGAAUUCAUAUUCAUGUUAUUUAUUAUAUUGUAUUGAUGACAAACAUUUUUGUCAGGGUCAUUUUGUGAAAAUAAUGCUGCUCAGCCAAAAUUCAGAGUAAGUUCAAAUAUGUUUUUGUUUUAUUUAAUUCAUAUUUAUGUUAAUUAUUUGUUUAACUUUUAUAUUUUGAACCAUGCACAUUAAAGUUGUUACAUGGCCA